UGCCAUUAUUGACGUAUGCGUCGUAGAUAAAACAAGGAGUGCGCGGAAAACAAAUUCAGACACAAGGGAGCUUUGAAGUGAAAGCACGUAUAUCGGUGAAAUUAUCUGUGUGAGUUUCUAGAAUCGUUGAAGUUAGUUGGUAAAUAUAUAAUUAAGAUUCAGCGUAGUGUGUAUUAGUUGCCCAGAUCUUGCAAUGGAUAGAAAUCAAUCCAAUACAUCACACCCUCGCAAGUUUAACGUUGAAGAAGAAUUAUAUGCGGUGGAUCAAAACUUUUUGCGUAUGUAUGCGAAGUCUCAAAUCGAUUCGUUGAAGUCAGAUUUGCCGCGCUUAAUCGAGUCAAUAGUAAGUGAAAAAGUAAUUAAAGAAAGAAAAUAUGUAUUACCUGAAUUCAAUCCAGACAUAUCCAAUAAUGAUCCACAUACGUGGUGCAAACUUAUUGAUAUUCAUUUGUCGGAACAAAACCUAAGCGGCCGAGAAUUAUUCGUAGUGAUCAGUGCGGCCUUGAAAGGAAGUGCUUUGCGUUGGCUGUCUCACCUGCCGUAUAAAUGGAUGACCUGGCCGGACUUAAAAAAACUAUUUAAGUCAAGAUAUUGUUUCGAGACACCGGCAGCCGCGAUCAUUAAGAUCAGAAAUAGCCAACCAGCAGAAGGUGUUUCGUUGGCUACUUAUGCUUCUGAAAUAGCGACCGAACUUACUUCUACUUUAGAAGGAUUGACGACAGAACAGAUCGUUAUAGCUAUGGUGCUGUCCCAAAUUAGCACUUAUGACGAAAGAAUACAACGUAUAGCAUUAACCACCGACAUUUCUUCCUUUGUUGAGAUGCAAAGAGAAAUUGAGGCUGUCGUGCUAAAGAGAACACAGCACGACACGACGCCGAGAGAAAUGAAAAGAAUAAAAUUAAAUACAACAACAAAUGAUGCUUCGCAGAACUUCACUGAUACAAUUCACGAUGAGGAAACGAUGGUCAAUGUACCAGCUCCACAGCGUGUGACUUGCUUUAAGUGUUGGCUCGAGGGUCACUAUGAAUCGGAAUGUCCUCAAAGCGCUGGGCCUAGUGGCAACCAGGGUUCUACCAACGGCGGGAUGGGAGCGGCAGCCAGCACAUCGAACCAGUGUGGGGAUGAUUGCAUUUUCAUAAGCGAUUCUCAUCAAGACGGAAGGGUAAAUUAUAGUCCUGCACCCGAAGACGACUCAAAUUGAAUUAUUAUAAUGGCAUUGUCAGAAGAUAGUGAAUGUAAUCUUUGUAGUAGAACGCAGUCUUUAGUAAUCGUUGUUGUAGUGUUACCUCAGGUAUUAUUGUUAAUUUCCGAUAUGCCUGGAUAAAGCCAUAGAUGUCAUUUUAGAAUACAACUUCAGUUUCUUUGGGGUUUUAAAAGUAAAAAAAAAAAGGCACUAAUGCAUUAUUUGUCCUCGCAUAUUAAUUCAUGAUAGUUGGUAAGAAUAAAACUGUGAGGACUCAGUGUACGUCACCCUGAGUUCA